UCAGCGGGUAGGCCCGGCGCGGCAGCAGUGUGCAAAUGCAAUGUGUAGUUGACAGUUCAGAUUUAACGUGAACGUACACAAUCUCUAUGGGAUUUUAAUGUUUUUGUGUCGCAUAUCCAGAUAGUACACUGUGUUUUCGUUCUUGUAAGCGGGAUAAGUGCUUGGAUUUCCGCACAAGGCAACAACAUUCGUAACUUGACAAUGGUACCGUUGAUGUGGCAUUAAGUUUUGCGAAGCAAGUCGAGCAGACAUGAGCGAGAUGUCGGCAAGCUUUCUACACUUUGGAGACAUUGUGUCUCUGUAUGCCGAGGGAAGCGUCAAUGGGUUCAUCAGUACCCUCGGCCUUGUGGACGACAGGUGUGUAGUACAGCCGGACUUUGGUGAUCUCAACAACCCACCCAAGAAAUUCAGAGAUUGCUUGUUCAAGAUAUGUCCGAUGAACCGCUACACAGCCCAGAAACAAUUCUGGAAGUCGGCUAAGCCCAAUGUUUCCUCUGCCACGGAUGCAGUCCUGCUCAAGAAGCUGCAGCAUGCAGCUGAGAUGGAGAAGAAGCAGAACGAGACAGAGAACAAGAAGUUAAUGGGCAGUGUCAUUGUCUAUGGCAACGUCAUCCAGUUGCUGCACAUCAAGAGUCAUAAAUACAUGACAGUCAACAAGAGACUACCAGCCUUGUUGGAGAAGAACGCCAUGAGAGUCACCCUAGACUCCUCAGGCAACGAGGGCUCCUGGUUCUACAUCGUACCCUUCUACAAGCUCAGAUCAGCUGGCGAUAAUGUUGUAGUUGGCGACAAAGUUGUGUUGAACCCAGUCAAUGCUGGCCAGCCGCUGCAUGCCAGCAACUAUGAACUCAUCGACAACCCUGGUUGUAAGGAGGUGAAUUCUGUCAACUGUAACACCUGUUGGAAGGUCUCCCUGUUCAUGGAACACAAGGAAAACCUGGAUGAGGUUCUGAAAGGGGGUGAUGUUGUGCGACUCUUCCAUGCUGAGCAAGAGAAAUUCCUCACAUGUGACGAGUACAAGAAGAAGAGCUACAUCUUCCUGAGGACAACGGGACGGGUGUCUGCCACCGCUGCCACCAGCUCCAAGGCAUUGUGGGAAACUGAGGUGGUUCAGCAUGAUCCGUGCCGUGGAGGGGCAGGCCAUUGGAACAGUCUCUUCAGAUUCAAACACCUCGCUACAGGCCAGUACAUGGCUGCAGAGGUGGACAAUGACAACACUAAGGAUCACACCAGGGAGAAGCUUCGCGGUCCCCAUGGCGGCACCGUGUACCAGAUGGUCCCUAUCAUCCACGGCAAUGACAUUGCCUCCAUAUUUGAACUGGACCCCACGACGUUGCAAGGCGGAGACUCCAUGGUGCCAAGGAAUUCCUAUGUGAGGUUGCGUCACCUGUGUACCAACACCUGGGUGCAUAGUACUUCCAUACCGCUGGACAAAGGAGAAGAUAAGCCAGUCAUGCUCAAGGUUGGUACCGCUCAGAUUCGGGAGGAUCGCGAAGCCUUUGCCAUCAUCCCAGUCUCCCCGACAGAAGUCCGGGAUCUAGACUUUGCCAACGAUGCCAACAAAGUGCUGUCUGCCAUCGCUUCCAAGCUGGAGAAGAGCUCUAUCACACAGAAUGAGAGGAGGUUUGUCACCCAGCUGUUGACAGACUUGGUGUACUUUGUGUCCAUCUUGCCCAACAACGGUGGGGACGCCCUGAACGUGGUGGUUCAGAACCCCGACAGGGACCGGCAGAAACUCAUGAGGGAACAGGAUAUUCUCAAACAGAUCUUCAAAAUCCUGAAAGCACCUUUCACCGACAACGGAGAUGGUGCCAUGCUGAAGAUGGAAGAGCUUGCGGACCCCCGCCACGCCCCGUACCGCCACAUCUGCCGAAUAUGCUAUCGCAUUCUCAGGCUGUCACAACAGGCCUACAGGAAAAACCAGGAGUACAUAGCCAAGCAGUUUGGCUUCAUGCAGAAGCAGAUCGGCUAUGAUGUCUUAGCAGAGGACACUAUCACUGCGCUCCUUCACAACAAUCGUAAACUCCUAGAGAAGCACAUCACGGCCACUGAGAUUGAGACUUUUGUCAACCUGGUCCGCAAGAACGGGGAGUGUAGAUUUCUGGAGUAUCUGUCUGAUCUGUGUGUGUCCAACAACCAGGCUAUUCCUGUCACCCAGGAGCUCAUCUGCAAAUCAGUACUCGUCGAGAGAAACUCGGACAUACUCAUCGAAACAAAAUUGGUGAGAACACAGAUGGAAGUUGAGAUGGAGGUUGAAGCCGACGACGGCACCACGGAACCAGUCUACACCAUCGAGGAAGAGGAAGAGGUUGUCUUGUUCUGGAAGAACGGAACCAAAUCCAAGAGCAUCCGAGAGUUGGCCAUGGGGGCCACGGAAAAUGUCAAAGAGGACGCCAACGUUCUCAAAUACUACAGAUACCAACUAGACUUGUUCUCCCAGAUGUGCCUUGAUCGGCAGUACCUAGCCAUCAAUCAGAUCGGUCCGCAGCUGGACAUCGAUCUGAUCCAUCGCUGUAUGUCUGACGAGUCCUUGCCCUAUGACCUGCGCGCGUCCUUCACGCGACUCAUGCUGCACAUGCACGUGGACCGGGAUCCUCAGGAGCAAGUGACGCCCGUCAAGUACGCAAGGCUGUGGUCUGAGAUCCCUACGCAGAUCACCAUCGAUGAUUACGACGGGGCCAACAACCUCACCCAUGCAGGCAAGGAGGACGCCCAGCCCAAGUUUUCUCUGACCAUCAAGUUUGUGGAGGACUACCUGUGCAAUGUUGUGUCGGCGUCCUGGUCGUUCACUGACAAGGAACAGAACAAGCUGACCUUUGAGGUGGUGAACCUAGCCAAGCACCUGAUCUACUUCGGCUUCUACAGCUUCAGCGAGCUGCUGCGCCUGACCAAGACCCUGCUGUCCAUCCUGGACUGCACGCCGGCCACGGGACUGCCCCUGGGCAAACUGGACCCCAAGGCUGAUAUAGAGCCUCCUAAACAAGGCAAGGGCGGUGUGUUCCGUUCCAUCCACGGCGUGGGGGCCGUCAUGACCAACAUGGUCCUGGGUAGCGGCCUGCCCCACUCCCCGCUGACCCACCACUCCUCGGGACCCAGCGUGGCCAGCUCGGGUGGGGGUCUGGACAACCACAACAAACAGGACGAGCUCGUCAUGGAAACCAAACUCAAGAUCAUCCAGAUUCUGCAGUUUAUCCUGAAUGUGCGUCUGGACUAUCGCAUCUCCUGCCUCUUAUCCAUCUUUAAGAGAGACUUUGACGAGAGCAAGGAUUCCACUGAUGAAAUCCACCACUCCAGGCAAAGUGUGGACGGCAGCGAAAGCCCUGGCAUCAACCUGGAAGCUAUUGGUGAUCAAGCUGAAGGCAUCUUUGAGGGUCAAACAGACGGCAUUGAUCUGGAUCUAGACUCUCAAGGAGGCAGGACCUUCCUCCGUGUUCUCCUGCAUCUGACCAUGCAUGAUUACCCUCCCCUGGUGUCUGGAGCCUUGCAGCUGCUCUUUAGGCACUUCAGCCAGCGUCAGGAGGUGCUACAAGCCUUCAAACAGGUUCAGCUCUUGGUCACGUCCAAUGACGUGGAGAACUACAAGCAGAUCAAGACGGACCUGGAUGGUCUGAGACUCCUGGUGGAGAAAUCAGAGCUCUGGGUCUACAAGAGCAAAUAUGACCAAGGAAAGGACAAGGAGAAAAGCAAGAGUAAAUCCAAGGGAGCCAAGAAAUUUCCAGGAUCGUUGGGUGCAAGUGAAGGAUCGUCAAUUGACCUUGACUUGGGACCUCCACUGGAUUCUACCAGUGCUGGCAACUACAAGAGUAUACAACUGAUUCUGAUGAGACUCAGCAAGCUGUGUGUGUCGGAGGGAAGCGGUACCCGCAAGAACCGCAAACAUGAGCAGCGACUGCUGAGGAACAUGGGUGCAUUCACGGUGGUCCUGGAGUUGUUACAAAUCCCGUAUGAGAAGAACACCGAUACCCGCAUGAACGAGCUGAUGCGAUUGGCUCACGAGUUCCUCCAGAACUUCUGCUGGGCAAAUCCCUCCAAUCAGGUGUUGCUUCACAAACACAUUGACCUCUUCCUGACACCUGGACUGUUGGAGGCUCAGACAAUGUGCCACAUCUACAUGGACAACGUCCAGCUGUGUAGCGAGGUCACGGAGCAGGUGGUCCAGCAUUUUGUCCACUGCAUCGCCACCCACGGCAGACACGUCCAGUACCUCAAGUUCCUGCAGACUAUCGUCAAGGCGGACGGUCAGUACAUCAGGAAAACGCAGGAUAUGGUGAUGGCUGAGCUUGUCAAUGCGGGAGAAGACGUCCUCCUCUUCUACAACGACAAAGCCUCCUUCCAGAUGUUCAUCAACAUGAUGCGCAAUGAGCGGGAACGCAUGGACGCCUCCAGUCCCUCCCAGUACCACAUCAACCUGGUCUACCUACUGGCCUGCUGUACCGAGGGCAAGAACGUCUACACAGAGAUCAAGUGUCACUCCCUGCUACCGCUGGACGAUAUCGUCAGAGUGGCCACCCACGAAGACUGCUUGCCUGAGGUGAAGAAUGCCUACAUCAACUUCCUGAACCACUGCUACGUAGACACCGAGGUGGAGAUGAAGGAAAUCUACACCAGCAAUCACGUCUGGAAUCUCUUUGAAAACUUCCUGGUGGACAUGGCCAUGGUGUGUAAUGCGACCCACGACCGCAAGCAUGCAGACCACAUGCUGGAGAAGUACGUGACGGAGACGGUCAUGAACAUCAUCACCAUGUUCUUCAGCUCACCGUUUGCCGAGCAGAGCACAACAGUGCAGACCAGACAGCCUGUCUUCGUCAGGCUUCUUCAGGGAGCCUUCAGGGUGUCGCAGUGUGACUGGCUGACAGGACAUCAGAAGUACCACGUGGAGAACUGCAUCAAAACGCUGACCGAUAUAGCCAAGAAUCGCGGCAUUGCCAUCCCGGUGGAUCUCGACAGCCAGGUCAACACUCUCUUCUCCAAGUCCAUCAUGGUGAUGAAGCACACACGGCACUGGCUGAGCCAUAACCCUAACCGCAGGAGGGACUCCAUGGUGGCUAUAUCCAGAGACUAUCGCAGCAUCAUUGAAGGAUUGCAGGACAUUGUUUCCCUUCUUGAGGACCAGCUGAGACCGUUAGUCCAAGCUGAGCUCUCUGUCCUGGUCGACGUGCUGCACAGACCAGAGCUGCUUUUCCCUCCCGGCACAGAGGCAAGACAGAAGUGUGAAAGUGGAGGCUUCAUCAGCAAGUUGAUCAAGCACACGGAGAAACUCCUGGAGGAAAAAGAGGAGAAACUCUGCAUCAAAGUGCUGCAAACACUCAAGGAAAUGAUGACUGUGGAUAUAGAUUACUCCGAGAAGGCCCAGGAGGUCAACACGCAGAACAUGACUAAGAAACAAGUGGAAGAUGCGGCUAGGGGAGAGGACCUGCGACAAUGUCUCCUCCUGCGUUACUACGGCAAGUCUCACCUACGCAUGAAGCACGAGGGGUCGUCGCCAAGCGGCAGAGGUCAAACCAACGUGACCAGUUCCGGCCCCGGCUCCGUGGUGCUCAGCAGGGCUGAAAUGACACUGGCUGAGGUGCAAUGUCAGCUGGACAAGGAAGGUGCCUCAUCCCUGGUGAUUGACCUGGUCAUCAAGAACAGCAGCAAUCGGGUCUUCCUGGAGAGUGUGGAGCUGGGGAUUGCACUGCUGGAAGGGGGUAACACCAACAUACAGAAAUCCAUCAUCAACUGCCUGAUGUCCGACAAGAACUCGGAGAAGUUCUUCAAGGUCUUCUUUGAUCGGAUGCGAGAGGCCCAGGCCGAGAUCAAGGCCACGGUGACAGUCAACACCGGCGAAGGAAUGGGCAACAAGCCCACGGAGGAAGGAACGGCAGCACCCAAGGAGACGGCUAACAUUGGCCGCAUGAGGAGGGCUGGACGCGUCCCCAACGGCUCAAUCAGCGACGAGCUGAAGGAUCAGUUAGCAGAUGCUGCCCUGCACACCAGCAAAGCCUUUGCGGCAGUCCGCAAGGGUCGCGACGACGACCCCACUGGCAUCAUGCCAGGUUUUGAGGUGCUGGGCGGAGCCGAGAAGGCUAAGGAGGAGGAGAAGGCGAUGAGCAUGGAGAUUGCCAUCAUGCAGCCCAUCCUGAGGUUCCUACAGCUGCUGUGUGAGAACCACAACAGGGAGCUGCAGAACUGGCUUCGGCAGCAGCAGCAUGUGGUUGUCAAGACAUCGGGAACUUCGAGUUACCUAAGACACCAGAACAACAAGACCAACUACAACCUCGUCUGCGAGACGCUACAGUUCCUGGACUGCAUCUGCGGCAGCACCACGGGGGGCUUGGGCCUACUGGGACUGUACAUCAACGAGAACAACGUGGCGUUGAUCAACCAGACGCUGGAGAGUUUGACAGAGUACUGCCAGGGGCCCUGCCACGAAAACCAGAAUGCCAUCGCGAACCAUGAAUCCAAUGGCCUAGAUAUCAUCACGGCGCUCAUACUGAACGACAUCAACCCCCUCGGCAAGAACCGAAUGGACCUGGUGCUAGAACUCAAGAACAAUGCUUCCAAGCUAUUGCUGGCCAUCAUGGAGAGUAGACAUGACAGUGAGAAUGCUGAGAGAAUUCUACUCAACAUGAGCCCUAAACAGUUGGUGGAUGUGAUCAAGCAGGCCUACCAACAAGAAGACUUGGAGAGGGAUGAUGACGAUGAACUGAUUAUUGAAGAAGACGAUGAAGCCAUCUCACCUAGGGAGGUCGGACAUAACAUCUACAUCUUGGCCCAUCAGCUUGCUCAUCACAACAAGGAGUUGGCGUCCUUGUUGAAACCUACUGGCCCUAACUCAGAGUACACGGAUAGGGCACUGGAAUACUACUUCAAACAUACCGCACAGAUUGAGAUUGUGAGGCAGGAUCGGACCAUGGAGCAGAUUGUCUUCCCCGUGCCCCAGCUCUGUGAGUACCUGACGGCCGAGACCAAAAUCAAGGUCUUCACGAAGGCCGAGAGGGACGACCAGGGCAGCAAAGUGGCCGACUUCUUUGAGAAGACCGAGGAUAUGUUCAUGGAGAUGAAGUGGCAGAAAAAACUCAGAGCCCAGCCCAUCCUGUUCCUAGCAAGCAGCAACAUGAGCAAGUGGAGUCUGGUUUGUUUCAACUUAGCACUCAUCGUUAACUUGUUGGUGGCCUUCUUCUAUCCAUUUGACGUCAGAACAACAGAGCUAGACCAUGGCCUGUCCAUGCUAGUCUGGUUACUGAUGGCCGCGUCGUUGGCAGCCAUCGUGACGUUACGUCGGCCGUCGGGAAUACGACCGCUCGUCUUCGCCACCAUCCUCAGAAUGAUAUUCUCCAUCGGCGUGGAGCCUACGCUUCUCUUCCUUGCUGUGACCACAAUUUUCACCAAAUGCAUAUUCAUCCUGAGCUUCCUGGGUAACUGCGGCCUGUUGUACAAAGGAGUGAGGGGGAUAUUCACUGACAUGGAGGUCCUGUACCACAUCCUGUAUCUCAUCAUCUGCUUCCUGGGACUCUUCGUCCACGAGUUCUUCUACAGUCUGCUGUUGUUGGACGUGGUGUACCAAGAGGAUACGUUAAUCAACGUGAUUCACUCAGUAACGCGCAACUGGCGUUCCAUUGCCUUCACCGCACUGCUAGCCCUGAUUCUGGUCUACCUCUUCUCCAUCGUGGGCUAUCUCUUCCUUCAGGAUGACUUCGUGUACGAGGUCAACCCUCUCAGACCGGCCAUAGCCACAGCCACAGCCACAAACAAGACAGGUACGUCACCACCUAUGCCAUUGCCACCAGAAUCUUGUCCAGCAGGUCUUGAAAUGGAAGACUGUCUGAAAAACAACCUCAGCCACUUGCAAGCAAAAGAAGUAAGUGAUGAUGGCAUCGAAGUUGGCACUGAAAGGGAACGAGCCUGCGAGACACUGAUCAUGUGCAUCAUCACCACGCUCAACUUUGGUGUGCGGAGCGGCGGGGGUAUCGGCGACGUCUUAAGAAGCCCAUCAACAAAGGAACCAUUAUACAUGGCCCGAGUCAUCUACGACCUCUUGUUCUUCAUCGUGGUCAUCAUCAUUGUCCUCAACCUCAUCUUUGGUGUCAUCAUCGACACCUUUGCUGACUUGAGGAGCGAGAAGCAGCAGAAGGAGGAGAUCUUGAAAAACACCUGCUUCAUCUGUGGUCUGAACCGCUCGUCCUUCGACAACAAAUCCGUCUCUUUUGAGGAACACUACAAAGAGGAGCACAGCAUGUGGCACUACUUGUACUUCAUCGUCUUGGUCAAAGUGAAGGACCCGACGGAAUUUACUGGGCCAGAGAGCUACGUCUAUAACAUGAUCAAGGAGAAGAACCAGGAUUGGUUCCCCAGGAUGCGAGCCAUGUCGCUAGACUCUGACGAGGGAGAGAGUGAACAGAAUGAGAUGAGAAUCCUACAGAAUCAGCUAGAGAACACCAACUCACUAGUCAAGGUCCUGUCUGGCCAGCUCAGAGAACUCAAGGACCAGAUGACAGAGCAGCGCAAACAGAAGCAACGCAUCAACCUCCUCAGUUCUCCCAGCAUCCCCCAGAUGGGCGGGCCCUGAAUCCACUCCGUCUCCUAGCAGCCCUGUAUCCUAGCAACCACUCAUCCCGGCAACCACAACAGCAGCAUCAUUAAGCUAAGAUUUCUCACUUUUUUUCAAGAUGUAAACACAGGUGCUCCAUAUAUUUCCUCUUCUUUUUUUCUCCCGUGUGAAGCAAAUCCGUCCGAGACUCUGCUCUCCUGAGUGUCUUCUAAAAAUGAUGUUCUUUGCAGAAAGUGAGAAUAGUUUUCUAGCUCAGGAUUCAAAGACUAUUUUAAACAGAGGUCGGAAAAUUGUGUAAUUGUAGCCAAUUUUAUGUCUGUCUCAUGUUUGUAAGUGAUAGCUAAGAUAUAUAUAUAUUUGAUGCUAUUUUUGUAGAUUUUUCUAAUAAUAUCAAGCUUUACCUUGCUAUCAUGUGACUACUAGUGGAUUUAAAGGAAUGAUCGUUUGUAAGGUGUUAUUCUUAUUUUGCAAAGAUUGUGUUUGUAGCUUAGAACGUCAACUGCUCCCAACCCAGAUUCUUCAAAACUAUUUGGGGAUUUAGUAAGGUAUUUCCCAGCUACUAUUACUUUACAAUGGACUAGUUCCUCUUUGAAAGUUAUAGAAUGAAAGAAUGUAGGAGGAUUGUUUGCACUGUGUCUGAUGAUGUUAAAUUAGGGAAUACAUAUGUGCUUGGCCGGUAUUAACCCUUCCACGCCGGCUGACGGCUAAAGACGGCUAUAGACGCAGCUCGAUGAAAGCCAAUAAGCCGGGGCACUGCUAUAGCUGCAUUCCUGCUGCAUAGCC